ACGCCCACUUGUUGAUGCGGGUUGUGUUUACAAACUUUGAACAAGGGAGAAAGCGGUGAAAAUAAACGGCAUUACUCUUUAUUUGCAAAAUGGGAGCUCUUGGAUCUAAAAGAAAGGAAUACAGAAUUGGCGGUGAUGGUAGCUCAAAAGCUACACCGGAGAAAUUCGUUGAAAAGGUUGUUUGUAAAGAUGAAGAGUUUCAAGAUGGUAAUAUGGCAGAGUUUGAUUUGGGUGAAGAUGGUAAAAUAUUGUUGGUCAAAGAAAACGGAACAUAUUCGGCAUUAGGACCAAAAUGCACACAUUAUGGAGCCCCUCUUAAAAAUGGAGUUCUUAUUGGUGGGAAAAUACGAUGCCCUUGGCACGGAGCUUGCUUUGAUAGUAAAACAGGAGAUAUAGAAGAUUUUCCUGGCUUGGAUAGUUUACCUUGCUACGAAGUUACAGUCACCGAUGGAAAUGUCAAAGUUAAAGCGCCUUUGACAUCUCUGAAGAGUCAUAAACGAGUAAAACCAAUGACCAAAUAUUCGCACGCCAAUCCGACUACAUAUAUUGUUAUUGGAGGGGGAGCAGCCGGGGUGAAUUCUACCGGUCUAAUGUGCUGUGAAACUCUAAGACAAGAAGGAUUCAGCGGAAAGAUAAUUUUAAUUUCGAAGGAAUCAAAUCCACCGUAUGAUCGCCCAAAAUUAAGCAAAGCUUUAGACAGCAAGCCAUCAGCUUUGCAUUUGAGAAAUGAAGAGUUUUACAAAACAUCUGACAUUUCUUUAAUGCUGGAAACCAAUGUGACAUCCAUAGAUACAAAAGAGCGAUGGAUUGCUUGCAACAAUGGUAAAUUGAAAGUUAAAUAUGACAGGCUUAUGAUUGCCACUGGUGGAGAGCCAUUUAAAUAUGAUGCACCUGGUUCAGAUUUGAAGAAUAUAUUUUAUCUUCGUACUCCUGAAGAUGGUAAUUUGAUUGCAAAAGAGUCUACUGGAAAACCUAUUGUAAUUGUGGGUACUUCUUUUAUUGGCAUGGAAGUUGCAUCUUAUUUGAUUGGCAAAGCAACUUCAAUAACUGUGAUUGGACGUAGUGAUGUGCCAUUUGCUGCUGUUUUUGGGAAAGAAAUUGGUGCUAGAAUAAAGGCCAUAUUCGAAGAAAAAGGUGUAAUAUUCCAUAAUGGCAAAAAUAUUGUUAAGUUCAUUGGAAAUGAGGGGAAUUUAAAUGCCAUAGAACUAUCCUCUGGUGAAAUUAUAUCUGCUGAGGUAUGCAUUAUUGGUAUUGGUGUGAAACCUGCUACUGAGUUUUUAAAAGAUUCAGGCAUUGCUGUGAAUGUUAAAGGCCAAGUAAUUGUGAAUGAAAUGUUAGAAACUAACAUUAAAGGUAUAUUUGCUGGUGGAGAUAUUAUUGAAUUUCCUCUCGCUAGUUAUGAAAAUGUGAAAGCCAAUAUUUCUCACUGGCAGAUGGCACUUGCUCAUGGUCGUACAGCUGCCUUAAAUAUGCUGGGAAAAAAUACAGUCUUCCAUUCUGUGCCAUUCUUUUGGAGUGCAAUGUGUGGUAAGAAUUUCCGUUAUGCUGGAUAUGCACCAAAUUUUGAUGAAGUUAUAAUUAAAGGUGAUCUUGAAAAGUUGCAGUUUAUUGCCUAUUAUAUCAAAGAAGCAAAGGUUGCUGCUGUAUGUACAUGCAAUAAAGAUCCUGAAGCUGCAAGAUUUGCAUCCUGUAUGAGUCUUGGCGAAACUAUUUUGAAAUCUCAAAUUGAAUCUUAAUUUGUCUUAAAUUGUUGAAAAAUAUUUGAGUAAAAUUUACUGGUGUGUGGAGGUGUAUUGGAAACCUUUAAAGCUGUGUUGGGGAAAUGCCUUAAGUGUGCCAUAACGAAGCAUUCCUUUUUAUUUAUAAUGCUGUUAAGUUAAUAAUUGCAUAUGCUUUAUUAUAAAUAUUUAUGUAGUAUAGAAGAUUUUACUCUGUUUAUUGCAAAUGUUACUUAUUAUUUUCAUUUGAGAAUCUCAUGUAUUACUUUUUCUCAUGAUUGUUAGUAUUAUUUUUGUAUAAUUUUUUAAAAACCAAUUUCUGUAAUAUUUAUAAAUAAUGUCUUAUACUUAAUGUCUCUUUUUGUAUACUUAAAAUUGUUUUGGCUUUAUUUAAUUUAUUAAGGAAAAAUCUGAGGAUUUUGUCUUUUGUACUUAAUUUAUUGGUUAUGAUUUCUAAAAUCAGAAAAUGUUCAAGUUUGCUAUUAUAUCAACUGAAUUGCAUCAAGUAUAUUAAGAAAUCAACUGAAAAUUCCUGCUCUUCACUAAUGUUAUUAAAUUUGUGAAACAUAAUAAGCAGACUUUCAUUGUUUUCUGAUAAACAAAGCAAAUGCAAAAUUAUAAUUUUGUGUACUUUUUAAGGAAAUUCUGAUUGUUAGCAUUAGAAUAUAAAUGUUAGAAUAAUAAUGUAUUUUAUGUAAGAAUAACUUUACGUGUUUAAAACAAACUAAUUUUGUAACUUUUUUAUAUGUUUCAUGCAAAUCUA